AUCUUCAUUGCAUUCGUCUGGCUUGCCCAGGCGUGUGAAGAAGUCCUUAUUAUCCUGAAUCUGGUGUCCACCAGUCAAUAGUGCGGUUCAGAAGACGACACUGAAGUGAAUAAACGGUUAUUUCUAUGCGUGCCAAGAGAAUGCUUGCUCUCUCCAAAGUCUUAAGUCAGUUGCGAUUGAUGCUCGAAUUGCCAUCCGUGACCGCCUUCUCUUUGCUUGGUUUUCCUCGAGCCUUUGACCAUCCAUCGCAUCGCGACUCUGCCGUGACCGUAAAUAUUUCGUCCGUUGAUGCUGCGUGGUUGUGACUGUAAAUUUCAUUGCCAUCAAAAGCACGUCGUUCGAAAGUCUUCUCCCAUCCACCGCCCGGUCGCAUCAUCACCAGCCAUGGAUAACGACACCAACAUGGGCGAGGUUCCCGCCUCCCGCCUCCUGGACCCCCAGAUCUUUGAGCACCUCAAGGAUAAGAUCGACGAGGAUCAACAGGUUCGCGACCAUAUGAGCCAGACGGUCCAGAAGCUCGACAGGGCCAUCUCCUAUGUCCAGGGCCUGCUGUCCCGCAUCCACGCCACCCCGCGUGAGCAAUAUCCCUCCCUGCUUUCAGACGUGCAGGCGGGCAUCCAGAAGGAGAUCGAAGUCAUUGGGGAGCUCGAGGAAAUCGCAUCCAAGCACCCCUACUACAAGUACAACCAGAAAUGGAACCGCCAGGUCCAGAACGCCAUCUUCACCGUCCUUCUCUGCGGCUGGUUGGGCGGCCUCACUUCCGACGGCAAGCCCGGUCCCAUCGCCCGUCUUCUGACCCUCGAGGAGGUCGGCAGCAUCUUCAAGGUUCCUGUUAACCUCAAAGACCGCGACGCCUUCCACCUCACCAUUGAGGAGUACCUUCUUGCCCUGACGGACCUGACGCAGGAGCUCUCCCGCCUAGCCACCAACGCCGUGACCCUCAGCGACUUUGCCAUGCCCGUCGAGAUCAGCAGCUUCGUCAAGGACCUGUUCGCCGGCUUUCAGCUGCUCAACCUCAAGAACGACAUCCUCCGGAAGCGCGUCGACGCGGUCAAGUACGAUGUCAAGCGCGUGGAGGACGUCGUCUACGACCUGACCCUCCGCAACCUGAUCCCGCAGAAGAAGAAGGAGGUCGCUGUCGCCGAGUCGUCUUCGGCCCAGAAGGCGUAGAUGACCUCGGAGAGAUGUCGAUAGUGCCCGAGGCCUCUGUCGACUUGAGUAAGCCUGGCCGCUUAGGAAACGGGAUACGGACAGAUUGGUUCUGGCACUUGGUGGGUUUCGACAGGAAAGGAUAUCAAAAGCGCUCUUCACCAAUUUAUCGAUGCCUUGGGUUUCGAUCGUGCCGUACUGUGACGUCGAGGAGUUAUCGUUCCCCAUCGCCACGUCUUUAAAGCGGGCUAUCCGACGGCACGACUAGUGUCGUGUUUGCCCCCUGGACCACCUAUGUUGCCUUGUCUCUCGACUGCCCAUAGCACAUGCAUUCAUUGCCUCCAGCCCCCAAGCAGGAGAAAACCGCUGGCAUUGUACUUUUUCCAGUUUGAAAAAGGGGCAAGGAUCAUGCAUGAAUCACAUGAUCAGCGGUUUCGGAGUGUUUGUUCUUUCGUUUUUUAGUUACACACGCCUGAGUAGCCGGGAAACCUCGU